ACAUUUGACCACCAUUGCCCAUGGGUCAACAAUUGCAUUGGUCGACGGAACUACCGCUAUUUCUUCAUGUUCCUGUGCUCUCUCAGCAUUCAUAUGAUAUCCAUCUUCACCUUCAGUCUUAUACAUGUGCUUGACAAGAAGGAUAGUUUGACUGAAACGACCACCAUUGUGAGCAUGGUGGUAAUGGGAGUAAUAGCAGUACUGUUCAUACCCAUUCUUGGCCUGACGGGCUUCCACAUGGUGUUGGUUAGUCGUGGUAGGACAACCAAUGAGCAAGUCACGGGCAAGUUCAGAGGGGGCUACAACCCUUUUUCGCGGGGGUGCUGUCGAAACUGUUGCUAUAUAUUGUGUGGCCCCCAGUAUCCAAGUAUCAAACGACCAGCAAAAUAUAUAGGGAGAUAUAGGUUCACACCAUCUUUGAGUCCUCCAGCACCAGUGUCAACAAUAACAAGUCAAAGUCAAGUACGAGUAUAUAUGGACAAUGGUGUUCAGGCACCUAAUUCUACAGCCUACAGUCAAGACACGGCAGGCUUGAUUGCUCAGGAUAACCUGGUGGAGGGGGGAGGGGCCGGAGCAUCAUCUUCGGUCACAGUGAGCACGGGUGGGGCAGGAGAGUGUGAUGACAACAGCCAGCCCCCUCCUGGAAUGAGUCAGAGUCAGGAUUGCGAACCCACACCACCCUUGCCCAGGCAUCCCUCGAAGACUAACUUCUUCCAGCCAGAUGCACCGCCCACACAUCACCACCCGUCGUACCAUCACCACCACCACCACCACGCGUACGUGGACUCCCCUCGUAAGGCAAAUGCUAAUCAGCAGGUCACAAGGCCCCCGCGAUCACCAAACUCCUCAAGGCCACGAGGCUUGGACGGGCGGUCACGAUCCACGACUCCAGACCCUCUAUCUCCAGACCGCCCAAUGCAGACAUCUCCACCAGUCCCUGGGGGUCCACGCACAGGACCAUCUAGUCCUAGUGGCCAGCAGGUCUACCAGGGUGUUCCAGGUUCUCCAACAUUACAUCAUCGCAUGAAACAGUUAGGAGGGGUUCCAACACCUCUGGCAAUGUCAUCUCCUCUCCGUCGAUCGAAUCCCAGUACUCCUACACAACCUCGACGUCCUGAUUUCAUUGGGAUUGGCAAUGAAGGAGGCAGAGUUCCACCACAAUACUACCCACAGUACUCAUAUGAACCACCUCAUAGUUCACAACUAAUACGGCAGCCACCAGAAGCAGGUGGACAGUAUCCUCGUACCACUACAAUGUUUGAUAACAUUCAAGAAUUAGCUGGUUCACCACAACAUGGUCAGUACACUUGGAGGGAUCAGUCACCUCCUCAGUAUUGUCAAGGUGGACCCAGUAACCCAAAUGUUGUCUACCAGACUUGUGCUCUCAAGAGUAUAGAUCAAACCCAACAAGUCCAACUCAAACAUGUCCUGCACCUCAUUACUAUCCACCAAUACACCAUAGUCAAAUGGCAGGUCCACAUGGUGGCCAUUACCCCUCAACUCAUCAGCCAUCAUACAAUCAGCACAUGAGCCACCAAGGCCACCAGGGAUAUCCACCCAGCAACAGAUGGUUGGGCGACGCAACUCAGGACCAAGUUAUGUUGGGCCACAGUCACCGCAGAUCAGACGAAAGAAUUAUGCAGGAGGCCUUGUUACUCCUCCUACACCAACAGAAAGUGGUCGGCCAAGUCCUGGUCAGAAGAGACCAGUUUCUUUUGUGAGGUCCUUAGAUAUGAUGGAUAGUAUAGAGAUGUCAUCACGAGGUCCUCCCCAUCAUCAAGGUCCUCAUGGACCUCCACAUGAAGGUCACCAUGCAGUGAUACAUAGCCAGAGGUCUCAUGGGGGUACGCUCAGCCCAACACACACUCCCAAGCCAGACCACCGUCUGACAACACCACAAGAUCUUGACCGACGAUCGGCAUAUGAUAUGAAUUAUGAAAUCAGUGUGUGAAGUACUAACAGCCUGUUGCAGAUGCCUAAGAAUUUGAGUGUGUUUUUCAUGUUUGUCUGUAUGUAUGUGUGAACUUGUCUGACCAAAACGUUAGAGCAGCAGCAGGACAUAAUUAAACUGAAGAACAUUGAUAAGUGUGAAGGUGGUGACGUGUGACAUUGUGCCAAGCUGAACUGUCCAGAUGAGAUAAAAAGGAGGUCAGAGCAACCUGGAAAAAGAAAUAUUAACAAGAAAAUUUUAACUGACCAAGGUACUGACCUCUUCACAAGAGAACUGGGCAAUUCUUGCCAAGUGUGCACCUAUGCUAGUCACAAAUGUUUCUUUUAGGAGCCAUGACUUGAAAUAAGACAUUAUAAAAAGCUUAGUGUAGUGCAGCUGGGGCAUUCAUGGACAAUUGCUGUGGCUGUGGUAAUGCCAGUAGCUUGUUUGUUGCCCUUAAGACUCAAAAUUGUUUAAGUUUGACUUUUUAGAAGAUGGGCAUUUAAGAGCAUUCAUUGUUUUGAAAUGAGAAAAUUGUGCUCUUAUAGAACAUAAAUUGAGGAGAAUUUAUUUCCUGUUUCUUAGUGAAAGAAAAAAGUGAGCCAAAGAUGGCAUCGUCAAAUAUUCCCCCACAGAACACUUAAAGAACAGUCUUGUCAGGCGCCUCACCACCACUUACACCAGCCCUGUAACUCAUCAACCACAAGCCCUGGGUAGGAGUUGGCAUGCCUCCACAGCCCUUAGAAACUCGGAAGGCUCACAGUAGACCAACAGCCCCGCAAACCAGGACCCACACACGCUGUUCCACCUGCCUCCAACAUUCCUGUUCUGUGUAUAUUUCAUGUAUUUAUACACCUCCCAUCCUGGUAUUAAAUAUAGCCAUACACAUUUUCA